AGUUGUAGUUAAACUUUCGUCGUGAACAUGUAACCUGAUGUAACCUAUCUAAAUAUUCGUAAUUGUGAUUCAAAAGUGACAAUUGGUGACAGUUUUACGGUCGCGAGCACGGUUAAUGCGCGCGAGAGGCGAAAGGGAAUUCUUCAAGUAGUUCAAGUUGCAAACUUCUUGUCGAUAUGGUGGAAGAAGCUGGAUGUGGUGAAUUACAGCAGUUAGUUCAAGAAGAGGAAUGUGAGGAACCACUUAGCCACGGAGGAGAGAUAACACCUCCGUCAACCCCAGCGAGAUCUCAACGUCCAGGCAAAACUGAAGUGCACAAUUCCCACGUAUCGCAACAAAUACUAUGGGAAAAUAACACGCAAACAUCGCCGAUUAUUAGUAAAGGAAGCUCCGGCCAAGGGACGAGUCAAGGCUCCAUGGUUUCCAGUCGAGCUGCUAACGCUUCGAGUUAUGGCAAUCAAUCUCGAUUGAUGUAUUUCAAUGAGAAGGAGAAGCAGAGGCCUAAUCGGCCAGAUCCACCAAGAAUUGUGAGACAGCAUAAAGCUGUGGUGCCAUGCAAACACCAUUGCUUUCUGUCAGAGGUUCCCGAUGUUCGCCAUAUGGAGCAAGCUCUGCUACAAUUGCUGGAGGACUUUCACAGUGGCAAUUUACGAGCAUUUGGAAAAGACUGCAGUAUGGAGCAGAUGACAGAAAUACGAGAACAGCAGGAACGUUUGGCUAGACUGCACUUUGAACUGGGCCAACGGCAGGAAGUAGGUGGCGAGCAAUCAGGUCUUCGGCAAUCGAGCGCGAAUAUGCGGCAUCUGCUUCACCGUCUUCAACAGCUGAGUCACAAUGCGGUACCCGGAUCCAAUGGUAACGGCUGAGACAAAAGAUGCUCGGUUACUUCUUCCGGAUGAUGCUUCAUCAGUGACACUAUAGCCACCGUUGCUAUAUACCUACAACUUGCAUUUUCCAUCUGUCUCAUUUGGGCAAUAAUACUGUCUACAUAAACAGCAAAAACAUUUGAGCAAUAUAUUGUAAAAUUGGAUAAAGAUUUUUAACGACUGGUAAAGAAAUAAUUUGGAUUUUA